UAUAAAAGAUCAAAACACUGAUUCCCUUACAACAUCGAAAUCGUUUGAAGAUUAUUUUACUGUCAGUAAAAGCUGUUCAUAAAAACUAUCCGAGUAAUUUACGCAGAGGAAAAAAAAUCGCCAUUUGCAGCUGCGUAGGCAGACAGAUUAAAUACCAUCAGCAAAGAGAGAGACCUACAUCGAAAAGAUGAUCUACGCGAGGGUCCACUUCAAAUUUAAAAAAGAUUCGAACUGUUGCUUUAGUUCUAAAUAGAGGACAGAGAGAGUUAAAUGCUCUCUGGAAUUGGAUGGUGUCAGAUUUCGAACGGAUAUCACGUGUCGGCUGGGAGACUUGAAUCUGAGCAAGUGGAUGUGACCUUAUGUAACACCGAAUGGCAAUCGAGAGUGGCGAACGUAAAAAACCCGCGAAAUCGCGGAAGGAAGACAAAGAGGAAAACAACUGCGAGUGUCUACCAUGGUGUCGGAAUCAUGGUUUUCUGCUUCUGCUCCUCCUGGCUACAGUCUCGGGAUAUGUUUUGGGUAUCCUACUGAAGUCCCAAAAUUUAUCCAACCAGACCAUCCGCCUCAUAGGAUUUCCGGGACAACUUGUCAUCAGAGCAUUCUUCAUGAUAAUAGUUCCUCUUCUAUUCUGCAGUCUUGUACUAGGUGUGUCGAGUUUACGUAAAGGUGGUGAUGCAAGAAUGGUGGCCGUGACGAUAGCUUUUUUCCUGGGAUUGUCAUCUUUAGCUGCCAUAAUGGGUGCCGGUGCAGGACAUAUCGUUCACCCAGGACAAAAAAUCACAUCCAGCAGCAUACAGGUACAAACUUCCAUGUCAGGAAGAAAAGGCGUCAUUCUUGAUUCUAUGAUGGAUUUACUAUGGAAUGCAAUACCAAGCAAUAUUAUCGAAGCCACUUUUACAAAGGAGUAUACUCAUGUGGAAAUAUUAAACUCAACUGAUGAUCAAGAAGGAAGAGGUUCCAACUCAAAUGUCAUUUACAAGAAGAGUAUUCAAAGACGAAAUGGUGUCAACUUUAUGGGUUUGUUAUGCUUUAGCAUUUUGUUUGGCUGUGCUCUGGCAUCGCUUGGCGAUAAAGGAGAGGCAUUGCAUCAAGUGAUCGAACAACUCAACGCAAUUGUCAUGAAGAUCAUGCUAUAUUUCUUGAAACUUUUGCCCAUCGGAAUGUUUUUCUGGAUGUUCAGAGAAGGGUUGGUGAGUGUUGCACCCGUUCAACUGUUGGAGUACAUGGGCGUAUUCCUGGCGACCGCCAUGGGAAUCAUUUUAUUUCACCAAUUCAUCCUUCUUCCGGGAUUGUACUUGAUUAUAGUGAGAAAAAAUCCAAUUCCUUAUCACCUGAAUCUCCUUCCAGCCAUCUUAACUGCUUUUGGUACAGCAUCUAGUGCUGCUACACUUCCUGCUACAGUGAGAUGUGCUGAAGAAGUGAACAUGGUAAAUAAAUGUGUAACGCGUUUUGUCUUGCCAUUAGGAAUGGUAGUGCACAUGAACGGAGGCACAUUUUAUAUCACAUUGUCUACUAUUUUCUUAGCACAACUUGAAGGGAUUGAACUUGGAGCUACUGAAACUAUUAUCGCUGCAAUGACAUCUGUUCUACUGUUCAUUGCCGCACCUGCCACGGCAGGUGGCGGCAAUCCGGUAUACUUGUUGACAGUCAUGGCUGCUGUAGGCAUUAACAAGCCUCAAUAUGUCUCUCUGUUUUUGUCCAUGGAAUGGCUCAUGGAACGAUUUCGAACUGUUAUGAACGUAGUGGCUGAUAGCUAUGUAGCGGCUUUCGUUGAAAAACUAUGUCAAAAGAGACUUCCACUAGAUUUAGAAAACGUUGAGUACCCAUCACCAGUCAUUGAUGGAUAUAACCAACCAUCACCGCCAGUGAGCAUUGUUGUAGAACCUCCAUCACCCCAUGAACAUGCAAACAUAUGUAGAUGUUGUGGAAGUAGAGUAGAUGUAGCCUGAUUUUGCCCAUAUUGUGCACUCAAGACGCAUCACGAUGUAUCUCCAGAAAUAUGAAGAAACUACGCCUUUUCGUAGUCGCGCAGCUAUUUUUCUAAAGUUAUACGAAGUUCAUAUAGUAAAAUUCUAAAACAAGUAAAAUUACUGAUAUUUUACGAGCUGUUUUUGCAUAAAAAUAAAUUGAUUUUAAAUCCAUUUAAUUUUGUUAUCAGAAUUUACAAAAAUUGAGAAAAAGUUUGAGUUUAAUCAUCGUUGUUCAAUCACUGAUAAACGAAGGUGGUCUAAACCACCAAAAUGAGGUAAAAUUUAGCAUGUUUCUGGCUCUAUGGAAACACCAAAACACUCGGUAAUUUUUAUCGAGACGCGUUGGUAAUGAUUAUGAUAAAAUUAACAAUGAAAUACGGUUUUAUUGCAAUGCUGUUGGUAAUAAAGAUUGUAAAAUUUCGUAAUUUUUUCAUGAUACUUUAGAGCAUGGCAUAGAAACUUUUCAAUUUUCUAAUUUUCAUUAAGUGUAUUGUAAUAAGAGCUAUUAUUUUUAAAACCAUACUUUUCUAUAAAUCGUUACCAUAUGUACAGAAAAAUAUUUAAAAUAAUGGUUUAAAUGGCAUAUAUUUUAGUUUUUAUUAAUAGCAUUAUGCUUCUUUUUUUCCCAGAAAUGUCAGUAUCAUCAUAUAGUAUGGUAAUUUUACCAGAUUUUUUCCCCUGUCAAUGAAUUAGUGUUUUUCGCUAUAGGUAAUGGUUUUGCCUGAUAUACCCCCAAAAAAUAAAUUAUAAUAAAACGCCAAAAAAAAGUUAACAAACUAAAAAGACUCAUCUGAAAAUAAGAAUGCUAUAAGACAGGGAUUUCGAGUUUUUCGUAAUACAUGCUUACUGUAAUUCAGUAACCAGUACCAUAAACCAUACAAAUUAAUUUGUAGUAGUUGAAUUUCUAUUUGUAACAUUAAUUUGAUGGAUUGCCAAAAAGUAUACAAACGCACACGAAAUAAAAUCAAAAGAGUUGGGAAUGACGAUAUAGCAAAAUUUAGAAAGUUUAUCUUAAAGCACUUUUUUAAAGAGAAUACCUUAUUCAAACUUAAAAAUGAAAUCUUAAAAGAAAAUGAAACAAAAUGCUAAAUGUGAUUAAUUUUUGCUUUGUUAUGAAAAAAAAUUUUGAUGUGAUCAAAUCAAAAUCAUUUAGUACCAAAAAAUUUUUAAACAAAAAAUUUGUAGGUAAAAUUUUUUUGCUGAUUUAAACAUAUUUCUUAAUAUUUAAUCUUUGUUUUGACUUAGAUAUACGUCCUUUAAUAGCCAUAUCAUCAUUAAUCACUGAUUAAUUAUUUGUGAAUAGGGGCUUUAGAAAAAACUAUACGAUUUACAUAAAAUUGCACAAUUCUUCAUUCGAAUUACUUUUAAACCAAGCAAAAUUUAAGUUAUAAAUUCAAGAUAGCUAUUAUUCACCCUAUUUAUUCACUGUAAACAGCAAUUCAACCUUAGUUUACAAGCUCGACUGUAAUUGCGGUCAUGAAAAACGAAAUAUUUUUGCCAUAUUAUUAAACAAAAAGCCAUAUACAUCUGAAUGUUGAAAUGCUUAAUUUUCUAUUUAUUCGAAAGAUUUUGUUUAUGAUUGCAACACAGUUUCUAUUUCUUUCUAAAUUAUGAGGUUUUGUCCGAGUAUGAAACAGAGAAGAAAUGAACCCGGUUGUUCGUUUGCUACACAAAGUUUUGAUUCCUCAAAAUCUUGUCAAUUAAAUCCUUUUUUUUCUACUGUUUCAUUUUUAGCGACGAUUUCUAAGUUAUGCAGCAAAUGAUGAACUACUAAUUUUCAAAACAUGACCCAUUUUUUGAAGAAAAAUGACAGAAAAAAAAUUAUCCUUUUCAUUUCUCAGCUGUUAUAAUAUUUUUUACAACAGUUUCGAAGUCAGGUAAUAAAUAAUUAAGUACUAAUUUUCGAAAGAAAAACUAUUUUUCGAGGGGGAAAUGACAAAAAAAUUUGUUCAAAAUAAUGAGGAUUAUUGGAUGCAGAAUUUAAGGCAACAAUACAUCUUAUGUAAUAAAGAAAUCACUUGUAAAUAUAUGACUUCUUGUGCACUAUGUUAUUUGAAAUGGCAAAUAAAAGAUGCUUAAAUUUGC